AUGUUAGGCUAAAUUAAAAAUAUAUUUAUUAAAAAUUUAAAAAAAUAGUGAUAAUAUUGCAUUUCUGUUUUCGAGUAGUGUACAUAGUAAAUAAUUAUUUGAGAUAAAAUUGUUGUGCUUUAAUAUUUGAGAUACCUUUUUAUUUUUAAUUAUUAUUGUUAUACUUAUUUUGAGUUUCGAAACGUGCGUUCGGUAGAAAUUAAUAAAUACUUUAUUGUGAACAUUGUGAAUAAAAAAUUAAAACGAGUUUUUGGAAUUAAUUAAAUAUUUAAGUAUUUAAGAUAAAAAAAAAAAACAAACAAAUUUUCAAGAAUUUUCUAAAAGCAAGAAAAUAAUUUUUUUCACGAGCAUAUCUAAAUAAUCAGUUUUUAAUUGAAGUUUCGUUUCAAAAAAUUUCUUAUAUAAUUAAAUUAAUUUAAAGAUUUGUGAAAGAGUAACAAUGUAUUCAGUUCCAUUCUUUGUGAUGAUUUUAUUUAUUUCUGUUGAUAAUGCAUUUAGUUCAAAGGAGUCUGAUGCACUAGCACUAGCCUUAAAAACUUCAAUAAAAGUAAAUUCAACACUCUCAACAUUACCACCGUUAAUAUUUCCUGAUAAAUCCAGUAAUUUUACAAUAAUCCCACCAAAUGAGGCGACAAUUCGAAGAUUGCAGCACAUGGAUUCGCAAGACACUACAUCUCGUCCAAAACCUGAAAUACAAAAAGUUAUUUCAAAUAGACAAGGCAUAGCCCUAUUUAGAGUAAAAAAUAUGGAUAUAGAUAACCUUCCAGAAGUUUUUCCAUCAGAUUUAGAGAAUGAUUUUAAAGAAGUCAAAGAACUUAAAGAUGAAGUUGAAGAAAUUCAAGAAGAUGACUUUUCAGAAGAACAAAGCGGUUUUGAAGAACGAUUCGGAAAUAGAAAAACUGGUAUACAGGAAAUUUUUAAUGAAGAUAUUGAAGUUCAUAAUGUGAAUUUUACCAAUCACCAUCUAACAAUUAUUCUAGCGACAUUUUUGGGUCUGAUUUGUUUAGCCGUAUACAUUGCCUUAUUAACAUGGAGACAAUAUUUAAAGAAACGUUAUGGAAUGAGACAGUUAUUAGUUACAGAUGACGAGUUUUUACAAAAUCACGAUCAAAGAUCAUUUAAUGUAUAACAUAUCAGGCGAAACAAUAGCAAAAAAAUUUAUGUAUUUUAAUUAAGGAAAAUAAAUUAAUAGAACUCAUCAAAAGAUUCAGCCAUGUGCUAGAAGCAUUUGCAUUUAAGUGCCAUCUAUAUGCGAUAUUUAUUGCAGCACAAUAUUAAUUUCAAAAAAUUAGUGUAGUCUACAAGGGAUGUUAUUUAAAUAUGCUCAAAUAUUUUCAAAAAAUGAAUUAGAUAAAUUAUAAGAAUUAAAAUAGCUUUGAAAGGAUGAUUAAGGAAUUUAAUCGACUGUUUGUCAACGGCAUAUUUUCAAAUAAUUCAAUAGUUAGGAAAUUUUUUCUAUAAUUUGUCUACAUUAAUUUUAACUUUUCUUUUAAAGCUGUACAUAUAUAUACGUAAUACAAUUCGAAGAAAAGCGUCUUAAUAUAAAACUUUCAAAUAUGAACUUGAAGUUAGUUUCAAUAUUUUAUUGUGCUAUUUUAUUGUGUAUUUGUGAUUCGAGAUUUGAAGAACAAAUUUAAAAUAUUAAGUUUUAAUUACAACUUUAUAUAGCAGAAUUUGAUUUUAAAUGAAAUUUUUAAUUUAUUUUAUAAAAAAAAAUCAAUUGUUAAAUCGUAAUAAAUAUUUCAAAAACUGUAAAAUACCUUUGAAGAGAUUUAAGCCCACAUUUCAUGAAUUUUUUUAAGUUGUACUGAUUUAAGGAAAUCAAACGUUAAAUAUUAUUGCAUUAAAAUUUUGCGCCAUUUUGAAUUUGAAAUAGUGUAAUGUGAAAUGAACUUAAAUUUAUUAUAUUUAAUAACAAAAAGAAGAAACAGCAGCAUUAAAGGAAAUUAUAGAAUACUAAAUGUGAGGCGGCUCAAUAGUAUAAAAAAUAUUAAACACAGCUGCUAAAUUUAAUCUUUAAAUUUUAAUCUUAUAAGGACUAUAAAGUUAUAAAAGGCGCAUUUCGCUUAUAUUAAAAUUUUUAUUAAUUUUUUUUUCCUUUCUUUAAAUGUACUUUGUACACAUACAUAUAUACAUAUAUAAAAACGAAAAAUCAGUUUUUUUGUAAAUGAGUUUUCUAUUGUGUAAAAUUAAAAACUAAUUAAAAUAAAAUAAUUUUAGCACAUGACUGUGAUAUUCCUAUAUGAAAAUAAAUUUGUUAAGAAAUUUAAAAUGUUUAAAACAUUUUAAAAUUAGCUAAAAAUUUAUUUUUAAGGGAAAACAAGAAAAUACUGACCAUAUUUUAUAUUUAGGUUAAUUAAAACUAAAUUAUUAAUAAAAAUGAAAAUUAUAGUUAAUUUUUAAUAAAUAUAGAAAACAAAUUUUAAUGCGUUAGGCAAUCGAAGAAUGUACAUAGGUAUGUACAUAUACUUCAUCACUUGAAUUUAUGUAUGUAAAUUAAAAAUGUUUCAUUUUACCUAAUGAAAAUAAAAACUAAGGAAAAAUUUAAUUAUACAAAUGACGUAAUAACUAUAUAAAUGCGCGUUUAGAACGCAAAAUUAUUUUUUUGUAAAAAAUUUUAAAACAAUAUUUUUAAGCAUAAUUACUUUUUAUAAAGAAAAUUAUAAUAAACUUAGUUUUUCAUUCAUAAUUAUUUUUAAAAUAUAAAGUGGUGAAAAAGACACAUAAUAUAUAAGUAAAUGCUUAUUUAGGAAUUUAAAAAACGUACACAUUUUAUUAAUACAUUACACUGUAUUGUAAUUGGAACCUUUGUUUUCAAUCAUAAAAAAGAUACUCACUUCUAAUUUACUUUUGAAAACAUUAAACUUUAUAUUUUUAGUUGAAUAUUAUUGUUGUUUCAAAUAUUUGAAUAUAAAAUAU